AACAACGUGGUGAACUCCAAAUAGGUACAAGUUUGUCAAAAACCCCGGGUUGCAUUGCACUUUUACUUUGUCCAACUAUUUUGCUGUUCAGUAUUCACACAUGCCCUUAAAACGAUGGACCUCGAAGCGCUACCUCCGGAACUAAUCUGGAACAUCUUGGACAACAUCACCGAACUCUGUGAUCGCAAAAACGCCUCCCUGGUGUGUCGCUCGUGGAACUGGAUGCUGUUCAACUCGUCCAAAUGGUUGCGGCAGGUCAACUUUCGGGUAUGUCCCAAAGUCAGCACCGUUGAACAGCUGGAGGUCGAGCAGGUGUUUGACCGGAUGCUGAACGUAAUGGUCGGGAGUAAGCGAAAUUACGUCAGUGUGGAGUUCUUUCAUGUGAACUUCGACAGGGCUCUGGCGAGGGAGUUUCUGUUCUUUAUGGUUCAGCUGUGUUGUGAUACGAUUGAGGUUUUGAGGUUCACGAACUGCCAUGGGUUGAGGCGGACUGAGCUGUGGCAGGUUCUGGAUUUGCUUCCGGAGUUGAGGGAGGUUGUGAUAUCGGGAGGGAUUCACUAUGACGAAUUGGAAGAGGAGUUGCAGCUUUGCAGACUGAAGAAGAUGACGAGUUUAACCUUGGAUAUUGGAGAUGACUGCCGGAUGUAUCAGGACUUUUUGCUGGCUGCACCCGGGUUGGAGUGCUUGAAGGUACGAACUAUCCAUGGUUGUUUGGAUCUUAAAGAUGUGGCAACUGUUCGGUUCUUCAGUCAGCAACUGAAGGAAGUCAGCUUUUCUACGAAUCGAAGUUACAAUCAGUCUGAGUUUUCCGAUGUAAACUUUAGCAAUUUGACGAAGCUAGAGCUGAAACUGCUGGGACCGGUAUGGCCACAACUGUUCAAACAGCUCAAGCAGCUCAGGGAGCUCAACUUGGAGGCAUACAUCAACGACGAAGUAAUAACUGCUAUCUGCAGCUUUUCAACCAAGAUCCAAAACUUGACUCUGGUCUGCACCGGCAUGGCAGAAUGUACAAAGUUCAGCAUGUUAUCCCGUCUGGAAGACCUGGAAAUCCUGCACAUCCGCGGUAUCUACAAGUACAGCUGGAAGCACGUAACCUUUACAAAGCUCCGAUCCCUCCACCUGGACAACGUUGGAACCGACUUCACGAACUUUCUCAAAGAACUAUCAAGUCUACGAUCGCUGGAGAUUCACGACACCAAAAUCAGGAACGAGCAGAUGAUCAAGGUAACGCUGAACGCUCCGACGGUGGAGCGACUGGAACUGGCCUUCUGCAGCAAACUAAGCGACAAAGCGUUCAAACAUCUAUCCGACAUGGUUGCGCUUACGGAGUUGCGACUUUGGGGCGUCCAAGUCUCGAAAACGAUAGAUGAAAGGAUUGGAUGUCCGCGGAUGCGCAAAAUCAUCUUCUACUUGAAUGACAACAUUGAGGACUGCACCCUGAACGCCAUAGCUGCCAAGCUGCCCGACCUGGAGCAGCUCGUCCUGUACGACUGCUACCGAAUAAGUCCGGCGGGUGUGGUUGAGCUGCGCAAACGACUUCCCGCCUGCAACGUGCUGGAACUGUACCGCGGAGACGAACUUCCGCCGGAACUGGUUGCGGAAACGCAAAUCUACUACCGCAACGCCGAGUACCCCAACGGAGUUCUCAAGCAGGAGCUACCAUUUCAGUGGUAUUGAAUGACGAAGACGAGUUAUUACGU